GAUUAUUGAAAAUGAUGAACAUAGACGAAGAAGCUAUCAAAUCUCUUCCAGAUUCUGCCACAGUUUCUUUUCUAAAUUGUAUCGAUCUCUCUAGUUCUGAUAUUCAACACUCUGUUUCUCUACUCAAACAGGCUUGCUUGGAUUCUGGUUUCUUCUAUGUUAUCAAUCAUGGAAUCAGUGAGGAAUUCAUAGAUGAGGUUUUUUCCCAAAGCAAAAGGUUCUUUGACCUACCCAUAAAGGAAAAAAUGAAGCUUCUAAGGAACAAGAAGCAUCGAGGAUAUACUCCUGCUCUAGAUGAAUAUUUGGAUCCUAUCAAUCAAGUACACGGAGAUUACAAGGAGGGAUAUUAUAUUGGUGUUGAAGUACCUGAAGAUGAUUCUGACGCAGAGAAACCAUUUUACGGACCAAAUGUUUGGCCCUUGAAUGAUAUUUUGCCUGGAUGGAGGCAAACUAUGGAGAAAUACCAUCAAGAAGCACUUGAAGUGGCAAAAGCAAUUGCAAGACUCAUAGCCCUUGCACUUGACCUUGGGGGCAACUUUUUUGAUCAGCAAGAAAUGCUUGGCAAGCCUAUUGCCAUGUUGCGCCUGCUACAUUAUGAAGGUCUAAUAUCUGAUCCCACCAAGGGAUUAUAUGGAGCUGGUGCCCAUUCUGAUUUUGGUUUGAUUACCCUUUUGGCCACGGAUGAUGUUGCUGGUCUCCAAAUAUGCAAGCAUAAGGAUGCCAAACCUCAGAUCUGGGAACAUGUGGCACCAUUGAAAGGAGCAUUUAUUGUAAAUCUCGGUGAUUUGCUGGAGCGCUGGAGCAACUCUAUGUUUAGGUCGACAUUGCAUCGAGUUUUGGGGAAUGGUCAAGAGAGAUAUUCUAUUGCAUACUUUGUGAAGCCUAAUCACGAUUGCCUUGUUGAAUGCUUGCCAACGUGCCAGUCACCGGAGAACCCUCCCAAGUAA